AUGGACUUACCCUGCCAUAUCAGACCAUGGUUCCCUAACAGGAUGGAUGCAAGUGGAACCACUACCUCCUCACUGGACUUACCCUGCCAGAUUAAAGUAUGGCUCCCACUUGGGAUGGUAACAAACGGGAAUGCUGAUCACACCAUCCUAUACCACAUAUGGAUGUCUCACUACAUCCAAAUGGAACCACAUAUGAAUGUCUCACUACAUUCAUAUGGACCUGGCCCCGCUUAUGGUUACACCAUAAGUGCCGGUACUAGCAUAUGGGCGGUUAAACACCAGUAUACUUCAUACCCCCGAUUCUGCAGCAGAGCUUUCCUUGCCUCGGAAGAGUACCUACCAGAACCUCAACAGAUCUGGCGGCCCAGCCGUCCGUGA